GUUCGAUUGAAGUCAAGUGCACUAUGGAUCCGGGCCGAGUUGUGUGCCCUGGCACUAGCAGCAGCAGCCCCACCCCGCAUCCGGGCAAACCUAAUAUUAACAUUUAAUCAUCACAGCAUUCCAACAAUCCAACACUCAACAUCUUCUCAAGCUCCAAUCCCAAACCAAAGACCAAGAAAAGCCCCGAACUCAAACUAUCAAGAAAAACACUCCUCAAACCCAUAACCGCCACCACCACUACCACCACUACAACAAACCAUCACACCACCAAAAAUGGCCGCCGACACCGCCCACCCCACCAUCGCGUACAAAAUCCUAACCGCGCUGCAAUACGCCGACUGGGUCGACAAAGGCAUCUUCAUCGGCGCCAGCAUCGAUCUCCAAGACGGGUACAUCCACCUCUCAACCGCCACGCAGAGUCUGGAGACGUACGCGCGCUACUUUGCCGCGCAGCCGGACCUCGUAGUUGCGGAGCUGGAUCUUAGCCGUCUGGGCGAGGGCGCCGAGCUCAAGUGGGAGGAGUCUAGGGGCGGGGACUUGUUUCCUCAUAUUUAUGGGAAAGGCAUCCCCAUUGCUGCUGUUAAGAGGCAUUGGGAUCGUGUGGAUCGCGCGCUUAUGGAGGGGUUGGCCGAGGGAACGGUUUGAGGCGUUGGUUGGUUGGCGGGGGGAAAGGGGGGGAAGGUGAUUUUUGCGGAGGAUGAAAUUCUGGAUUUUAAAGCCGGUCGCCAAAAAAGGCCUCUGGAUAUUUCGCUUAGUGGGCUCUUGGAUUGAAUGACAGGGUGGAAAGAUUUGUAUUUUCUUUUUAUUUUGCCUACACCACAUUUUGACUAUUAAGGUGGAGUCCACUGAAUCUUUUUAGGCACAAUUUGAAAUUGACAACCAGCUCAGCGUCACAAUAAGUUUGGAAUCC